CUCUUUAUUCAGCUCGUAGUAACGGACGUUUCUCUCCUUCGUGGCGUGCAAAAGAUGAAACAUGCGCUUAGCCAGGCACCAACUCUGCGAAGCAACAGGAGCGGCCUAUCAAGGCGACUAAGAUGGUCUCACCAACACCCCUCGUGGAACUCUCGACGAUGGUUCCCUCUCCAGUGCUGUUCUGAUGAGAGGACGGAGGGGCCCCGCAACUGCCGCUCGGAGAGUAGGGGCGUCUGGAGUGACAAAGAGGAACCGCGCGGCGCACCCAGAAGGCGGAACUUGCCACCAGAGGCCGCUCCGCGCAAGACUUUUACGCGCGCCACAGUCUCCGCCCUUCGCGGGCUACUGCGCGUGCGGCCGAUCCGCCGGGUGGUCACGGGAUGUGGGGCUGACAGGGGAGCGACUCAGUGGGGCUGGCGGAGCCAUGGGGCGCGGGAGCCGCCCGAGGGGACCUUUCUUGCUGCCGCUGCUGCUGCUGCUGCUGCUGGCGGCGGUGGCGAGCGGCGAGGCGCCCUCGCUGCCUCUGGUCCUCAACACCUGGCCCUUUAGGAAAGCCGCCGAAGCAGGUGCUGUCUCGCUUCCUCCAGGGCUUCCGUGGUUGCGCAGAGGAGAGGCUCGAGCGGGCGGGGAGGAACCCCUCGCCCCGUCCUAGGUUUGCCCCAAACUUCGUUUGGGCUCCCCCCACCCCGCACCCCGUUUUCUAGAUUCAUGAUCCAGCCCGGGUCUCAGCGCCACAUCGGCAAAGAUCCUUGCAGGCGGUUGUGUGCGUGCUGCAUGCUGGCAUCUAUGGGCUGGGAGAACAUCGCACGCUGGCAUUAGAUGUCUCGAGCAGGAUGUGUUGAGCCUUCCUAAAGUCAGGCGUUGAGGAGAAACAGAAGAGCAAAGCAGUCGCUUUUUUGGAGCCCAGGCCCUCCGAUCACUUGGGGCUAGUGAAGCAGUAAGGAGGCCCCCUGCUUGGAGGGUUGGGGAGGAAUUCAAGCUAACCAGAUUUGGGCUGGUUGGAGAGGGAGACUUCACCUUCAGCAGUGUCCUGCCGGACCCUAGGACCCAAUUGUUCUCUCCUCCCCCCUCCCUUCCCCUUUUUCUUAUUUACGGGAGCCACUAUCUCAGUCCCAAAAAUCUGUGGGGAGAGGAGUGGGAAAGGCACUCUGUGCAUGUUCAACAGUGCCCUUUUUUAAACAAGACUUAAUGUUUGCAUUGAAAUACGAGAAAGGGUGGUGACAGUUUAAGCCUGGUCAGAUGAACUAGCCGUCCACACUGCUACUGUUAAACUUCCUUGGCUUUUCUCUGCUACUUUCCUCUUCCUUGUUUGGUGUGGGACAUUUUACAUUCUGGUUUAACGAGACAUAAUCUACAUUACUUAGUGCACGUUAGUCAGUUUCUUAGUGUAGCACUGUUACAGGCAGGGCACUUCCCCCUUCCAUUUCAGUGUAGGUCUUUUGAUGAAGGGGUUCUGAUCCACAGUAAUGUGGCAGAAGGGCUCUUAGCAUGGCAUUUUAUUAACACUGGAAACACUGGUGUGCUGCUGUGUCUGCAGAAGUUCAGCUUGUGUUGUGUUCUGUAUUAGCUACAUAAUUUGGUCUACUAGGCCACAGCAACAUCUUGUGGCCAGUUGUGCAACAUAGAUUUCUGCUGGCAGCUCUUGUGGUGGGUGUCUUCACUGGAUUCAUAACAGCAACAUCAGACAGUGCACAGAUAUGAUUUUACACAGUGUGUAAAAAGCGUACUCACUUCCUUCUAGUGAGUGUGCAUGCAUCUGGGAAAAGAUUAAUGCGUCCUCUCCCUUGCCCAAUAUAUCCAUAAAGUUUGUGCUAAAGUCCAUCUUGAGGAAAUUCUUGCACCAUAAGUGACAUGCCUGGCUUGUGAAGGAAGCAUAUGGAGCAACAUUAAAUGGUUUUAAACCCCUCAGUGAAAUGCCAUACAAAUGGUUUAAAAAUAUUUUUUUUUCCCUUUAACUAGCACAUUGUUGCCAUAUAGUGAGGGUUAUCCCAUCUCCACCCAGUCCAUUCCUGUUUUGCUGCAACUUGAUGCAGACAUGUAGCCAGGAAAACUUUCCCCGCCAUUUAUCACCAUGCCAGAAAAAGCUUCCCCACUUAAAAGAGCAGGGCCAGGUUUUUUUAUUAUAAAAAAUGGAAGUUAUCUACCCUUGUGCUGCUUUGCUUUUACUUCUAAACAUAAUUGGCUCAUUGGAGACUCUGGGCUUGAAGAAAAAGAAAUUAGAAUGAACUCAACAUUUGUCACAUCAGACAAAUACGCCAUUUUUAAUCUAUAGCUUGCUUGCCAACUGUGGCUGAUGCCAGAUUGGCAGGGCAGGGCAGGGGGAGAAUACAAUGAGAAGCAGACAGUUGACAAUUAAUGUCUAGGAAUCCCAGGUUUAAGAGUUUUGCCACCGAUGCUACAUUCCCUGAACAUGAUGGAUUUAGUUUUCUGGUACUUAUUGACCAGCCUCCAUAAAAUCAGGACAAUGAACACUUACACAUUUGCACUGUACUGUGUAUUCUAGGGAUGGGAAUUGGGGGUGUGCUUUUUAAGAAUAUGACUUCUACGUAGUUUACAUGUGGAGUGAGUGGGAUUUUUUUGUUGUUGUUCCUUUCAGCUUGGAGUACCUUACUGGCAGGUGGUUCUGAACUGGAUGCAGUAGAGAAAGGCUGUGGUCAGUGUGAAGUUGAGCAAUGUGAUGGAAGUGUGGGGUAUGGAGGACACCCAGAUGAACAUGGAGAAACAACAUUGGAUGCUAUGAUUAUGGAUGGGUAAGGAAUCCCACAUCAUUCCUAACAGGCAUAGGGGUUCUGCUAUCAAUUGCACGCAGCUCCUCCAUGUUCAGAAUCUUCCCCAUUCACUUCAAAGAGUAGACAGUUUUGUUCUUGCUGCCCUCUCCAUUGAAAAGCUGAUGGGAACCUAUGAGCCCAGAAGGGCAUGCGUGCAUCUGAGACUAACUGGGCUGUUACUAGGGAUGGGGUUUUUCUUCUAAAUCUUUAUGUCAGUCUUAUCCACACAUAUAUAUUUUUUUCUAGUUUCUGUUUCACUCCUUGAUCUCAAGAAGUACAGUUUCUUUACUGGCUUAUUGCAUUAUUAUGCACAUUAUUUCAUACACACUCGAGGGUCUCUAAAGUAACUAGCAGAUAAACAAACAUAUGGCAAUGUAUGUAACUGGCCCUGCUCUCAUGUGCACUAGUAGCAAUAGAGUGUAUGCAUUUGGUUUAGCAAGUCAGGUUUAGCUCUAUUUUUUCCUAUCACUAAAUAUGCUUUAAAAUGUCAGUUUAAAGAGAGCACAUGCCCAUCUGAACUGUAGUCUAUAGCAGUGGACCCCAAACUUUUUUACCCACAGACCACUUGCAAAUUGUUGAGGCUGACCACUUAAAUGGUUUUUUCUGCCUGCUGUAGCAAUCGUACUGUGCUAGAUGCUGUAUGAAUUUUAAUUGUGUCUUUAUUGCUGCUUUAAUUUCCUGCAUAUUGCAUUUUAUUCUAUUACAAUGUGAAUUCCAUAGAAUUCACAUUAUAAUACAUUAAAAUGCAAUAUGAGAAAUUAAAAGCAAUUAGAAUGCAGUUAAAAGUCAGAAUGAAUAUUUAAAGCAAUAGAUGUGUUAUAUUCAACUACAAAUCCACAGACAUGCCACAAACCACCUGAAUAAACCACUCAUGUUCUGUGGACAGUCAUUUGGGAAUUCCCCAUCUACAGGUUCAACCCAUUUAGUCUAAUGGGAUUGCAAGUAACGUUUGGACACCAAUCUUCAUUUUUAUACUUAUCUCAUGCUUGUCCUUUAGAUGUGGCAUACAUUAUUCUUAUACUCUGCGUUUCUUGAUUUAAACUUAAGACUCUGUUUGUCUGUUUUGCUUUUGGGUACAUUUGUCUGUCUUUGGUCCAGUAAUACUAUGGAAGUUGGGGCAGUAGCUGAUCUCAGACGCGUAAAAAAUGCUAUUGGCGUGGCACGGAAAGUGAUAGAGCAUACUCAGCACACCUUAUUGGUUGGAGAGUCAGGUAACUUCCUUCAUUUUGCUCCCUUGAAAUUUUGGCUCCGCCAUGCAGUGGUGGAAGGCAGCCACCUCUGUCCAAAUGAAGUUAAGUUGCCUUGCUGGUGUCAAGAACUUUGUCACGAGUUGGUUGUGACAAGUUACUUGAUUUCAUUAAGAUACAGUGCAAUGCUUUAGCGCAGGUGUGGGGAACCUCUGGCCCUCCAGAUGUUGCUGAACGACCACUCCCAUCAUCCCUGGUCAUGCUCACUGGGGCUGGUGGGAACUGUCGUUCAGUAACAUCUGGCAGGCCAAAGGUUCCUCACACCUGCUUUAAAUGGAUAGGGGCCACUGUGCUCUGGUUUGGCUUGAUAGGUUAUUUCUGCUCUCUUCAUCAUGCACUCCAGUCUCAUUAAGUUCACAAUUUUGUUUUGUUUGUUUAUUAAAUUUCUAUACUGCCCUUCAUCUGAGGAUCACAGGGUGGUUUACAGUAUAAACACACACACACACACACAUUGGCAGCUAGUGCAGUUGAGCCAGGAUUGGUGUUAUAUGCUCAAACCAUCUUUCUACAGUUUUUAUCGUAAAUUUCGAACCAUCUUCAGAGGCAGGCCCAUGUAUAACACAUUGCAGUAAUCUAACCUAGAGGUGUGGUGUUUACUCCCAGUUUGGAAAGGUCCCGUCUCCUCAAGGUGGGCAAUAGAGGCAUUUUUGUUCUGCCAAAUUUUUGAGGUGUUAAUUUUAUCAAAUUAUGGUUUUGUUUGUGUAUUUAUUAUUAUUGAAUGCUCUUGUAUGUAGAAGAGGAUUUUUCAUUUUUUUGUAUACUUGGUUGGGGAACUCUUUUUGGAGACCAAAGGUAAAUGUUUUUUAUAGAUUAAAAUAAUAAAUUUGUAUUGAAUCGCAGCCUUCAGUGAAAAAACUCAACACUGAUUUUUGGAACUUUAGCAUUAGAAAUUAUUCUUUAAAAAGUAUAGCUGCAACAGAUAGCUCAGAAAGGAUUCUGUGAAAACACAAGCUGUGCAGUUAUAAAUAUGAUGUCCCCAAAAACACUUUUCUCUUUAAAAAAUUUAACAGGGAAAAAAUAGAAACAUACUUCAGAUAUAUUAGAUAAAAGCAAUAGGAUAUUUUUUUAAAAAUAAUCAAUACAGUCUAAAACAUUCUACUUUGAAUUCUUAAAGUUUCUAUCUGACAGUGUAGUGGAACAUUGCUGUUUCUUAUCACAAGUCUUUCAUUUAUGGAUUCCAUGUUGCAAAUUGAUAUACUUCCUCUUAGUUUGCUAUCAGUCUUCAGCAUUCUGAAGCCCCCUGAUAUAUGUUCUUGUUCUAGAAAAUGAGAAAGGCAUUUCUGUUGAGGACAAAAUCAUAAUAAUGUAUACACUUGUAUAGGGCAGUGACUUGGGCUCUGACUGCUGUAAUACAAUAUGAAAAUGGUUUACAAGUGCCAUGCCGUGUUUUCAUAGAGAUCUCGAUGAGCUGAAAAGUGUCCUCUUGCACGCUUGUUGAAUUGCAAAUACAGUUACAUAGAAAAAGAAAUUACUCAUUAUUUUCUGUUCUAUAAAGCCUCACUAUUUGCAGAAAGCAUGGGGUUUCCAAGUGAAGACCUGACUACACAGAGCUCUCUUUCAAUGUACUUACAGUGGCUUAAUCGAAACUGUCAGCCAAACUUCUGGAAGGUAAAACACAACUUUCUCCCUUGUUUUUUCUUGUUUUAUAAACCUGGUGGCUACACUGUAUUAAAUAUUGUUCUGCCACCAAUCUUGGAGGCAGUAUGCCUCUGGAUGCCAGCUGCAGGGAAUUGCAAGCGAGGAGAGUGUUGUUGCACUCAGGUCCUGCUUACAGGCUUCUCAUGGGAAUCUGGCUGGCCACUGAGAACAGAAUGGUGGACCAGAUUGGCCUUGGGCCUGAUCCAGCAGGGCUCUUCUUAUGUCUGCAACAUUCCCAGCACCCCACUCCAUCAUUGGAGCAAGCUGCAGGGGAAGAGGAAUGUGCUGUGUACCAAAGAACAAAUGUAUGUGAAUGUGUACAAGAGAGUUCUCCGAUGGAGCUAGGCCUAUGGAGCCAAAAGGUCCUGUUGAUCAGCUUUGAGGGUCCUGCUCUUCAGUUCUCUUUGGCCUCCAGUCGAGCUAGAAUUGGUCACUGCUGAUACCAGCUUCUGCUAACCAGUUCAACUUGAAUCCUUCCACUGCAUCUGAUUCUUGCUCUUUCAUAUUAUCUGCCUUGUAAGUGUUGGGCACCUGAUAAUCCUAUCUGUGUCCCCCUGCCAUCACUGGACAGUUGCUUUUAAGGAGUUUUAUGUACCCAGGGACUUCCCCGUGUUCUUCUAUUCACCAGAUCCUCUGUGGGAGCUAGGUUUAAGCUUCUUGUUUAUCUUUCUCAUAUGUUUUCUGCUCUUCCCCCACCUUGGAACUUUUUAGCUUUGUGCCAUGAUUAGAAUCCACACAUUGUUAUUUCGUAUAAACAAGCCCAAGCUCUGCCUGCUGUUUGCCUUAUUUUUAAAAUCCUAAACUAUUUUUAUGUUCUGGUUAAGAUUUUUUUUUUAAAAAAAUUGCCUCUAGCCAUGCAUCUGGAAUUCAGGUUCAUUUUAAGAUCUGCUCUGAGCCUGCUGUGAUCCUGAUAAGUGUGUAACCAUUAAAUCUCUGUGGACCCGUUCAGCAUGGGCAUUUUUUGUUUUUAUGCUACCUCGCUCAGAUGUAUAACUAUGGGCAUACUUAAAAAAAUAAAUCUCCAAUUAGAUAUUUACUGUUAAGAAAUAUAAUAUGGAACUCCGGUACUAUUCGUUUAUCAUUGAAUCAGAAGCCUAUUGUGAUUUGUGUAAAAUGUUUUCUUCCUUCGUUGUGCAUGCAGAUCCCACCCUCUUGACUAUCUAUACCCUUCAAGUUAUCCCUGCAGAAAACACAGGCUAUGUAGAAACCUGUAGAGGGACCUCUGCACCCAAGAUCGUAGGAAGAAAGUUGAAAGAUAAUAACCUUUAAGGCUAGCAGGAGAAGUCUGUGUGGCUAAAGCAAAGUCUUUCUUAAUUAUUGUAACUUGAGCCACCAGCAAAAGGGGAAAAAUAGGGUGUGUUAGAUUGUAAAGGGUGUUUGCAGGGUAUGUGGAGUGGAAGUAGAGCAAGUUGAAUUAUCCGGCUUCAGCGCCUUUAGCCGUAUGGUUUGUCUAUAAAGUUGUCUCAUCACAAUCAGCAUCGAUGCUCAUGAGGAUUGAGAAAAACUGAUCUUGAAUUAUAGCGGUAGGUGGUAAGACAAAUUAUCAUGCUGCGUUUUUUGCACAUAGAAUGUUGAUGUAUUAUUUCUCUGCUGGCUGUUCAUUGUAGGAAACAUUUGCAAAUCACAUAACGUGGAAUCUGAGCAGGGCUGCGAUAACUAGAGUGUUUUGAGUAUUGAGUUACUCUAAAUUGAGGGAGAUGCUUUUGUCUGUUCAUUGUUUAAAGCAUCUGAGCUACAGUAAUUUGCCUUCGAUGAAACUUCUUCAUCCUUGGCAUAUACAGAAAUCUUACACUAUUCUUUUAGGAUGACGGGGGGGGGGGAGGGAUAGAAGACAGGUUUGUUUGAAAUGCCAGUUUGCUUUUCUUCCAAGAUUUUAAUGUGAAUGAAACUUUGAUUGCAGAGUGUGACGCCAGAUGCUUCAAAAUCAUGUGGCCCAUACAAGCAGGCUGCAAAGUUCACCAAAGAAGAGCGGAGUGUAUCAAAGAAAAGAAUAGAUGUUCAUAACCAUGACACUAUUGGUAUGCCUUCUUGACAGCAGCUUAUUUCAUGCUGCAAUCCCUCUGCUUGUUUUAAAUGAGUCACCAGAGAAACUGAAUGUGAAUAAUUUUAAGCGGGAUGUAAGGACACAAUCCACUUAAGAACAAACUCUGCCUGAUGCAGAGAUAACAUCAGUGAUUCAGCAAGACAUUUCCCAAGCGUGAAGCCCUAGCACCCCAUAAUGUUGAAUGCUGUGCUGUCAGAUUACACAUAGUUGCCUCUCUGCUGGUUGUGGGGCUCUGCCCAGGAGGGUGAAAUGCUACUGUGUGUAGGAGCCUUGAAAUGAGGAGUCUUGAAGCUGAUCAUCAGCAGCCUUGGAUCCACUUGAUCCAAAAGUUCCUCGGGCUUCUCAGCUAUGUCAAUAUAUUGCUGGCAUAGUGAAAAAUUUCACGGAAGCCACCUUCCACCUUGGCAAGCAUGAGCUGGUAGGACUUGGGAUGUGGAAGGACACCUGCCAUGUUAGCCCUCACCCCAUUCUGUAAAUCUCCCUACUUACUGUAGGAACCUGGCCUGUGCUUCUCUGUUUAGUUCUAGAAUUAGGAAUGUGACAUUCUAUUCGCCUUUCACCCUUCCUUCCCAGUCCCUGUACAUUCAUACAUUCAUUCUACAGAUAUAUGAUGAGCAUUUUACAUGGUCUGAUGAGGCAGAACUUGUGUUGGUAGAACAUGAUUAUCAUCCAAAAUCGAAGCACCACUUUGUUUUCAAGCAGGAACAACUUAAUUUACUCUUUUUGCUUGCUAGUUUGCUGAACGUGCAUCAAGAGUGCUCCUUCUUGAAGAAGUAAUUUCAAAAUAAGCUUAUAUAUUCCAGUGAAUUGAUCAUCCUAGUGGAUAUUCCAGAACUACAUAGGUCUGGAAGUUUUUUUUUCAAAUAAGCUCAAGUUUCAACUUUACAUUUUGCAAAAUUAGCUGAAGAUGGGGCGGGGCGGGGGACGACGACUUUGUUUGGAUCCAGCCUCUUCCAUCUGCAUAGUAAUUAAAUUUGGAAUUUACAGAAGCACCUAAGUGACUUGGGAGCACAAGCCUCAAUCCCAGACACUUAAGAGGCACUUCUAGUGUGAUGAUUAAAUUCGUCACCACCAAGUAAUUAGCAUUUUAAAAAUGUCAAAUGCCAAGGUUCUUGCUAAUCUAAAGGUGUGUCCUUAUGAACUGUUGCACCUUGGCAGUUUGCCCAAGCCAGUGAUUUAUUCUUUGCUUCCCUUCUUUGGGAGGCAAAGAAAGAGCAAAACUGAACUAGGCUACUGUAGACAGUUGCAUUCUGUAGGCAAAUUGCCUACUUGGCAAAUAAUUGAAUGCAAACUUUGAACAAUUGCUUCAUGCUGUGUCAGUUGACACUAUGUUUAUGGCACUCGCUGCCUUCCAGUAGCCAGUGCAUGAAUUAUCUGGAUGUGGGUCUAUAAAUUAACAAUUAAGUGUCCUAAAAUAUGUAUUUCCACACUUGAAGUGAAUGAUUAUAAUGCCUCCCAUCUGAAGCCAGGAGCCAAAGCCCAUGUUUCUGACUUAAUCUGCAGAAUUAUGGGGCAGACUGUGAUCCUGGUGAUCAUCUGUCUUCGCAGAUGGAAGAUUUUCUUUCUUUAAACGUAAUAGAUGGACUCUAGGGUGGAGUUACUCCAAACGUAAAAGAGGCCUAAGGAAGGCAAACAGUUCCCAGGUGAAGUGGAUCCCAUCACCAUCUAGUUGUGAUAAAAAAAGAUUGUGGCGACUGUUGUAUAUUACCGGGAACUCUUAAAAUAGGUGUGAGGGACCCCCAGCUUCCAAACCUGAUUGCACCUGUCAGGCCUCCCAUUUGGCCUUCAAGACCAUUUUGGCCCAACUGCACACAGCUGCUGUCAUAUAUGUUGUCAGUAUGGGCCAGGUCAAAAGGUGGCUUAAUUGAAAAGGGGUUUGCAGGCCCGGCUGAUCAGCAGUGCCUGCAAAGCACUAUGUAAAACAAUGGGCAAGAUCGUGCUUUGUCCAAGGGUUACAUUGCCCAGAAUUUAGAAAGGGAUUUCCUGAGCUCCACCCACCUGUCAAAUUUGGCCCAUGAGGGGAUGGGGAGAUAAACGUUGUAACUCACUGGUCAAACCCAGUUCCCCACUUUUGUCUGAAGGACAGCAGGAGUCUGGUCUGUUUUAAAGGGUGGUCGCCUAACAUUACCCCUAUCCAAUUAACAAAAUCAUUAACCCAUAAUGCUGCUUCUAAAUUCCCUACCUGUUUUCAUUUGUAGGCAUGAUUGUGAUUGGUCAGAAUGGAAGCAUUGCUGUGGGGACGUCAACAAAUGGUGCAGACCACAAAAUUCAGGGGUUAGUGUCACAAUAAAAUCAAGAUUCCUUAUUGAUGAGAUUUGUUUUCCUUUCUUGAGUGCUGCUUAUAGUAAGCAUGAGUGUGUAUGUGAACUGCUGCUGUAGUGGUAAUGAUUUUUAUAUUACUUGAAAGAAGGAUUUUGUGGAUAUGUGAAGAAUGCAUGAAUUUGUUUUCUGUCUUCUUCCUCUGCAAUUCUAUCCGUUUUAGAGCUGUGCUUGAUUAUAUUGGAUGUUUAAGUUAAGUGUUGCCUUGAUAUUUCAGCCCAGUUCAGCAAAUAUAAUAAUAAAUAUUGCUGUCCAAAAAGAACAGAAUUGAGGCAUGAAAAAACAAAAUCUGCUAUUAUAUACUGAGACUUACCACUAUAACUUCUUGAGGUGGUAAGCUUGUGUCUGGGCUGUACUGACUACAGUCAGGGACUCCCAUGACUGAACUAUCCUCUGCACAGAAAACUAAAUGUUGGGGAGAAGCAAUUCUAAGUUUUGUGGUUUUUGGUUUGGGGGUGUGUGUCUUAUUUUUUAAUGGACAAACAUUCUGUCAUGUAUUUUGCAAGGGAAAUUCGAGCUCAUAGUAGGAAACUUAGACAUGCGCAAUGAAAGUGCUCUGUAUAGAAAAGUGUGGCAUGAACAAAUGAUUGGUGGGAAGACACCCCAAAAGCAGAUCAGGAUGAAUGGCCUAAGCUCUCCUCCUAAAAAAACAGAAACAAAUCUGAACGAAUUCUCAGUAAAUACCAGACAUGGUGUAACCUCUGCCUAAGCUUUGUACGAGCAAAUCUGGACAAAUGCUUUGUCUGGCAGAGUCCUGAGAUUGUACAUGUAGCUCCGAGAGGUUUACUCGAGGCAGGCACAGGUUUACUACCUCAAUGAGAAACACGCCUCAGCGUGUCUUUGUUGCUAGCUUGUUUGUGACUCUGUUGGAACUAUCAGAAUCUUUCCCCAUCGCCUGGCUGUUUUCAUUGGAUUAACAUCGCCUUCUUCUUUCUUAGACGUGUGGGAGACUCUCCAAUUGCUGGAGCUGGAGCAUAUGCAGAUAGUACAGCUGGAGCUGCAGCUGCCACUGGAGAUGGGGAUUUGAUGAUGCGCUUCUUGCCCAGGUUUUUAUAUUCUGUGAACUCUUUGGGUCUUUUUGAUACUGGGCUUCAUUGUGAGACCACCCUGAGGUAAAAGAUGGGCUUUGUACAGGCAAGCUCGGAAGCUGCACUGCACUGCUUCAAGCCUUGGGGGUGUCACUAGGCAUGCCCAUAGGUCCUUCGUGAUGUAGAAAAACAACAUCAUCCUGGGGAUUUUGCUUAGCCUUGUCCAAACACUAGUUAUCAAGCAGGAUUUUGAACUAAUAAUAGCUAUUUCACAUUUCGUUUAAAUAUGCAGACUCUCUUUCUACAUUCCUAGCCGUAGAAGAAUUUUGAAGGGAACUAGUGUUCAGUUCAUAUUGCACCCAAGCAUUAAGACCUGGACAAAUUCAUAUUCCAAACCAGUUAAUUAUGAGUUUUUGAUAACAGUUAGACCCAGGGGAUUUGGUCACAGUGGAUCACUAGGGCCAAAUCAAACCAUUCCAGAGAUAGGGAACCACCACUAAAAAGGCCCUGUCUUGGUUUUUUAAUCCCGUGUCAACGUUGGGGCAAGUUCGUGCAAGAUUCCCUUUUUGUUAUCAGCAGAGGAGGGGUUUUUUUAAGGUUCAUUUUCUCCCCCUUGGCAUACUAUGCCACUUGGAGAACCUUUGUGUUAAUAUCUGUUUGUUUAUUUUCCUUAAAUCAGCUAUCAAGCCGUGGAGUAUAUGCGAACAGGAAUGGAUCCCACCAUAGCCUGCCAGAAAGUUAUUUCUAGAAUUCAGAAAUAUGAGCCAUACUUCUUUGGUGCCGUUAUCUGUGCCAACACGAGUGGAAGCUAUGGUACGUCCACCUCAAAAGUUUGUUUCAUGCAAAUUUAUAGGUUGGAAUAAGUUCGCAACACUCGGAUUCUGUGUUUGUUGCCCAUUUGUCGCAUCAGCAUGCAGGAAAGGGCUCAAAACAAAAUAUUCACUUUUUCGGGGGGGAAACAGAGUCUGAGACUCUGCUUCAAAGCAAUCCAAGAUCAGUCAUGCUGGGUAUCUCAUUAUUGAGCCCUUGGAUCACCAUGCAGAAUCAUUUUGCUAAUCGAUAUGACGUAUUGGGUUAGGCUGCUCAGUGCACUUCUUUUAUCUUUGAUUUCCCACAGUUCUCCGUUUGAAAGAUUAGAGACUCGUGGACUCAUUACAUUUGCCAGUAUUAAGAUGUAAAUUGAAACAAAAUAUACUAAACUUGGAAUUAUAUUUUAGGUUGUGAAGGCCAUAGUGCUAGCUGGAGACUCUUUCGUCUUCAAGAGUUUAAAACAAGUGAAGGAAAGAUGACUUUUUUUAAAGAAAGCGCAAUGCUGGGUUAAUUAAGGCUGUAAAAGAACAAUUGCCCAAUUGUAGUUGAAUUAAUAGUGGGAUCCUUAGAUGUUAAAAGCACAAGAAGACAGAUUAAUGCGCCUCUCAUAGUUUGUUCUCUCUUUAUUCUCUUAUCUCUCCCUUUCCUGACACAGGUGCUGCCUGCAAUAAAGUUUCAGGAUUCACACAGUUUCACUUUAUGGCUUCUAAUCCCACUUUGAAGCAACCAUCUGAGCAAAUAAUAGACUGCAUUUAACACAGCCCCCCCCCCCCCAAACUUAAAGAGUUCACUGGAAGAAACGAAGACGACAAAAUUAAACUUUUGCCAUUGCCGUUUUUUACAAAAAUUAGUUGUGCACACAAUUUACCCAUAAAUUAUAGCGCAGAGGGGUUACUGACUUGUGCCAAGGAGCCUUUAUGCUCUGUCUUAAGACUGUAAUCUUUUGGCCCUUGGGAGGAGGGGGGGCAGAGAAAGAGAGUGCCAGAUCUCCACCCCCUAGGCUUUCCUGCUGCCCUACUGACAUCAAAGAGAGAGCAGGAGCCAUCGCUGUCUCAUCCUCCUGACAUGCUCCCAGAAUGGGAAGAUUUCCCCUCAAGAUUUCUCAUUAAUUUCCUCCCAGUUAUUUUCUGUAGGGGGGUAAAUGUUCCAAACUAAAUAAGGUAAAAGGAUAGAGGAGGGUUUCCGUGAGUCUAGCAGGAAACUGAAUUUUAGGUGGCCUUCACUCUCCGCCCCUACAAUUUAAAAUUGUAGCCUUAGUUUUGCUUUCCCAUAUUGCUGACCCUUAAGUAAAUUUAAACAAAAUAAGCCGAGUAAAGAAAUUCACUCAAAUAUAUGCUGAGAUAUUUCUCAACUUCAACCAAAGUGGCCUACCGUCUCUGCGAGAGAAGAAACGAAUGUGUCAAGCCCAGCCAUUUUGAACAAACCCUACCACAAAGCCUUCCUCUCGGCUGACUUCUGUUUUGAAAGAUCCGCCGGAGUUCUCUUUCCUAUCUCUGGAUGAGGAAUAGCCCUGCCAGGACACUUCUGAAUAUGCCCCUUCUGCCAGAAACAGCUGGAAAUGCAGCUUCAAGAAUGGAGGAGAAAUGCAACAGGACAGGGUUUCAAUAUUAGCUACGCACUGCUACAUUCCACCUGAUAUAAAAGAAACCACCUAUCAAAUAUACAGCAUGAGCACUCAGCUGUAUGAGUCCUGGAAGGACUGUUGGUUAUGUUAGUUGAGUACUGACAUUUUCCCCAUAAACACAUUCAUUUUUAAGGACAAUUUUUAAAAUGUACAAAUCCAGUCAUUCCUUCUAACGAUUUACAAAAUAAUAUUCCCCUUUUUACAUGCUGGAGCUGCCGAGCUGCCACCCUGCUCUUGAAUUUGUAGUACCGUAUUUUUUGCUCUAUAAGACUCACUUUUUCCCUCCUAAAAAGUAAGGGGAAAUGUGUGUGCGUCUUAUGGAGUGAAGGCUGUGCAGCUAUCCCAGAAGCCAGAACAGCAAGAGGGAUUGCUGCUUUCACUGCGUAGCGAUCCCUCUUGCUGUUCUGGCUUCUGGGAUUCAGGCUAUUUUUUUUUCUUGUUUUCCUCCUCCAAUAGGUGCGUCUUGUGGUCUGGUGCCUCUUAUAGAGCGAAAAAUAUGGUAGUUUUUUUUUUAGAAAAACCAACAACACACCUCCAAAUGUGUUAUAAUCAGCUACUACUUCCAUGCCCUUUCUUGCUGCUAACAACAACAAUGAUAAUAAUUUUAUUAUUUACAGUGGUGCCUCGCAAGACGAAAUUAAUCCUUUCCGCGAGUCUCUUCGUCUUGCGGUUUUUUCGUCUUGCGAAGCACGGCUAUUAGCUGCUAUUAACGGCUUAGCGGCUUUAAGAAAAAGGAAACAAACUCGCAAGAACUCGCAAGACCUUUCGUCUUGCGAAGCAAGCCCAUAGAGAAAUUCGUCUUGCGGAACGACUCAAAAAAUGGAAAACUCUUUCGUCUAGCGAGUUUUUCGUCUUGCGAGGCAUUCGUCUUGCGGGGCACCAUUGUAUACCCCACCCACCUGGCUGGGUUUCCCCAGCCACUCUGCUAACUUCUGGAGCUCUGCUGUAAAGCUCGCUUAGGCCAGUUACUAUCAGUCAACCUAACCUAACUUUCCUUUUGUUGCCAAGCCGAUAAAGUGGGAUCGCCUUGUGAAUGUUGCCCUUUGUAUGCCCCCCCCAAAAAAGAUGGAUACAAGUAGCUGCUAAUAAAAGUCCUUCCUUGGACCCCUGUAAAUUCCUUCCUAAUUUGCAAUAUCUCUGCAAAAUGCUUCCCACCAGAUCUGUUUCCAGAUCAUUUCAGCCAUAGGGCCAAAAUCAAGAGCUUAGUUUCCAAAACUGUGUCCUAGACCUGCUGCAUUUGGGUUACAACCAAGAUCAGUAUUAAUGCCGUCUUUGCCUUGGUGCAAGAUUAACUUGCUGGACCCAAGUGUCACGCUUCUCAUUUCACACCUUUCAUAGUAAUAAUAAUAAUAAUAAUAAUAAUAAUAAUAAUAGUUUUUAUUUAUACCCCGCCCUCCCCAGCCAAGGCCGGGCUCAGUAGUCUCUGGAACCUACAACCUGUUUUACUCAACCGGGCCAGGUAAGAGAUUUUGCCUAUCCGCUGGUCCCUGAGACAAGAGCCAAUGACAAUACUUUGAAUAGCACUGAUAAGGCUUCUACUUCUCCAUCUUGAUUUACUCUUGAAGGACAGACCCACAGGUGCUGUGCUAAACAUAGGAAGCUACUUUGUACUGAGACCAUUGGUCCAUCUUCACAUGCUGGCUGGCAGCAGCUUGCCAGGGUUUCAGACAGGAAUGUUCCCCAGCCCUACAUGGAGAUGUCUGGGAUGAUCCUGGGACCUUCUGCAUGCAAAGCAGAUUCUCUUCCACUGAGCCAUGGACCUUCCCAAAGCACCAUUAAUCCCAACCUCCUUUUGGACCACUUUCCAGUACAGGUCCAGUUUCUGGAACCUAGUCUGUGUACUUCUUUGCAGAAACCUAUUAAAAGGCAUUUAAGGUAUACAUCCACUCUCAGGCCAGGAUGCAGCUGCCUCUGUCAGUUCAUUCCCUGUUGCUUGUCCCCAUGACUCUGGGAUACUGUAUGUCUUUGUGUUGGUUUUGCUGGAAGCAGACUUUGCUCACACAGGGUUUCUGAGUGUAGGUCAAGUCCCUAAAUGUAUGGCGGUCAGAAAUAUUUGUUUGUGUUGUUUCAGAGAAUAUUUCAGGUGACUUUCCUUUUUCCUUUUUUAUUACCAGUGUUAACUAAAUUGUUUUGGUGAAGCCCAUUAAGCUAUUGUGUCUGUAUUCUGGAGAUGUUUCCCUUUGGUGCGGCUUUGUGGAACAUAACAUUUGAUUGGGAUCAUGCUUUUAAAACAACAACGGGCUCCUGAAGCAGGUCUUCAGACAAAAUAAAACAUUCUCUUUUUGUGUGUUUUGCAAGAGAAGGUCUUACCUGUUUGUUAAAAUUAAGUAAGUGUUUAGGUUGAUAAGGACAUACUAGUCUGAGGACAUACUAUUCAUGAGACUGAAUUUGGAUUGUCUCAUUGGAUUCUAAUGUUUCUAAAGCCAUUUUUAAAAUAAAAAUAAAUAUGUGUUUCUUUGGGGCCUUACACUCCUCUCACUGGAAGCAAAAGGUGUAUUCUCUGGAGGCUAGGACCUGAACCAAUGGUUUCAAGUUACAAGAAAGGAGAUUCUGACGAAACAUUAGGAAGAACUUUCCAACAGUAAGAGCUGUUCAACAAUGGAACAGACUCCCAUGAGAGGUGGUAGAUUCUUCUUCCUUGGAGGUUUUAAACAGAGGUUGGAUGGCCCUCUCUCAUGUAUGCUCUUGUUGAGAUUCCUGCAUUGCAGAGGGCUGGACUAGAGUCUCUUCCAGCUCUAUUAAUUAUAAGGAUGGACCUUAAUAGACUUUAGCCUUUUCUUAUGAUUUUCCCCCUACAGCAGUCUUAACAAUCCUGUAGCGUGCAUAUCUUCUUAGAAGUAAGCCUCAUUAAGUUCAACUGACUACCAGCUAACUGAUUAUAGGAUUGCAGCCUAAGUAAAAUUUGCAGAGACAAUCAUUUUAAUGAUUCCGAAUUUCAUUUUAUCUUGUGUGGAAUGGCAGGGAGAGGGUUUCUUUGCAACAUUAAAAGGGGGGGAAAUGGAAGCUGUCCUUUGUAUUUGGAUGAAUUAUUCUUCAUGUAUGUUUUGAGGAUGAGAAUCUCCUUUUAAGAUUGCUCAAAUAAGUACUUCUGAAGAUCCCAGAGUCGGUGAAUCUAAAACAUUCCAUAUACCCCCUGCUUUGGAACAACC